AUGGUAGAGAUGAUGUUAUUACAAUCUCUUCCCGUCUCAGCCACAGAGCUGCUCCUGGCUGCUGCCAUCUUCUGUUUGGUAUUCUGGGUGGUAAGAGCCUCAAGGCCUUGGGUCCCCAAAGGCCUAAAGAGUCCACCAGGGCCCUGGGGCUGGCCCCUGAUAGGGCACAUGCUGACCCUGGGGAAGAACCCUCACCUGGCACUGACAAAGCUCAGCCAGAAGUAUGGGGACGUGAUGCAGAUCCGCAUUGGGACCACACCUGUGGUGGUGCUGAGUGGCCUGGACACCAUCCGGCAGGCCCUAGUGAAGCAGGGUGAUGACUUCAAGGGCCGGCCAGACCUCUACACCUUCACCCUUGUUACUGAUGGCCAGAGCAUGACCUUCAAUACAGACUCUGGACCAGUGUGGGCUGCCCGCAAACGCCUGGCCCAGGAUGCCCUGAAGAGUUUCUCCAUAGCCUCAGACCCCACUUCUGUGUCUUCCUGCUACUUGGAGGAGCACGUGAGCAAGGAGGCUGAGUGCCUAAUUGGCAGGUUCCAGAAGCUGAUGGCAGACUCUGGGCACUUUGACCCCUACAACGAGGUGGUUUUGUCAGUGGCCAAAGUCAUUGGUGCCAUGUGCUUUGGGAAGCACUUCCCUCAGAGCAGUGAGGAGAUGCUCAAUAUUGUGAAGAACACCCAUGAAUUUGUGGAGACUGCCUCCUCUGGGAAUCCUGUGGACUUUUUACCCAUUCUUCGCUACCUGCCCAACCCUGCCCUGGAAAGGUUCAAGAACUUCAACAAGAGGUUCCUGCAGUUCCUGCAGAAAACAGUCCAGGAGCACUAUCAGGACUUUGACAAGAACAGUGUCCAGGACAUUGUAGGUGCCCUGUUCAAGCACAGCGAGAAGGCCUCUAGAGCCAAUGGUGGUCUCAUCCCCCAGGAGAACAUUGUCAACCUUGUCAACGACAUCUUUGGAGCCGGAUUUGACACUGUGACAACAGCUAUCUCCUGGAGCCUUAUGUACCUUGUGACAAAGCCUGAGAUACAGAAGAAGAUCCAGAAGGAGUUAGAUACCGUGAUUGGCAGAGAGCGGCAGCCCCGGCUCUCUGACAGACCCCAAUUGCCUUACAUGGAGGCCUUCAUCCUGGAGGUCUUCCGACACACUUCCUUUUUACCCUUCACCAUCCCUCACAGCACAACGAGGGACACAGCACUAAAUGGCUUCCACAUUCCCAAGGAGCGCUGUGUCUUUAUAAACCAGUGGCAGGUCAACCACGACCCGAAGCUGUGGGAGGAUCCCUUUGAGUUCCAGCCUGAGCGAUUCCUCACUGCCAACAACAGGGCCAUCAACAAGACCGUGAGUGAGAAGAUGAUGCUCUUUGGCCUGGGCAAGCGCAGAUGCAUUGGGGAGAUUCCAGCCAAGUGGGAGAUCUUCCUCUUCCUGGCCUUCCUACUGCAGCAGCUGGAGUUCAGUGUGCCACCAGGCGUGAAGGUGGACCUGACCCCCAUCUAUGGGCUAACCAUGAAGCAUGCCCGCUGUGAUCAAAUCCAGGCACGGUUACGCUUCUCCAAGUGAAGAAAGCACCACCAUACCAAG